AUGAGUAACCUCUAUUCAGCUGAUGAUUUCGACGCCAAUGGCAAUUUUAUCUCGACCGGGAAGCUUUCGGAUUUGCUUGCCACGGAUGAAGGUCAUAUUCCCUCGAUCGACGAGAUCAACUGGGAUGAUCCAUCCUUAUACACUAUGCCGCUCACUAGCAAUGAAAUUGCAGCUCUCACUUACGACAUAGCGGCUACAAACCGCCAACUUCCAGAGCUCCCUCCUCCCCCACAUGUUGCUGGCACAAGCUCCCCCCCUGCUCACACACCAUCACCGAACCCCUCUGAAAUCUGUGAUGAAGGCAUGCUAAGUCCCACCCACUCAGAGAAGGCGUCUCGAAAGAUCAAAAUGGAUCAGACGAUGGAGAAAAAGAAACGCUUACAUGAUGCUGUCGCUGAAUACCUGGAGGAACAGCAAACAAAGAUUGAGUCACAUUAUCGCAAUUCACGCAAGACGCAGUUGAAAAAUGCGCUUGUGCACGCUAAGUCAAAGGAGAUGAAUGCAGGCCUACCUGUAGGGUCUCGUUAUUCGUUGCCAGAGCUCCGCGAAAUGGUCGCAAGUGACCCUAAGACGAAACACUUGACGAGCGAAGAAAAGGUCACUUACAUUUCGGCACUCGACGAGCAUCGCGCAAAGAAAGUGGUUGGUGUUCGGCUGAACAAUUUGGCAGCUGCGUGUGACGUUGUAGCUACAACGGAUAGGAUUGUCAAGGAGCUGGAUAGCCUGCAAGUUCGGAGUGGCAUCUAUGCGACACUAUUUGUCGUUCGUGGCCACAUUAACGAUACGGUUCAAAGUGCAAUGCAUGGAACAGACAACUCGGAAGACUUCUGGGAGGACGUGUAUGAGCAUCCUAUGGCUGAUUUCCUCAGGCAAUAUGAGCAAUGGGCAUGCACCCAGAAUCAAAAUAUCAACGAACGGGACUCUUUGGAAACAGUACGGAAGCAGGUACGUAAGAUGAUUGUCCGUGGUCUUGUCGCAGUGACCGGAAAAAAGGAUAUCGUCAUGAACUAUAACAACUACGAUACAGCCAUCGUUGAGACAUAUGGGGUGCGCCUAGUGGGGUGGCCCCAUGGUGUUAAUUUCAUUAGCCCUUCCAACAUCAGGACCGUUGGCGACAUUCGCAAACUUCGAGAUGCACUCAAGGCUCGGACGUGUUACUGGACCGUUCUCUCACCAGCAGAAAUUAAAGCUCACACUGCCGAACUCGAAACACGCCGUUCGGCUGGAGAAGUCAUUCGCAAGCCGCGAAAAAAGUGUUCAGAUGCUGGAGUACCUCGGAAGCGCAAAGGUAAACAAAAUAAGAAUGAAAGGUCGUCGAAGAGAGCAAAAAUGAAUCCAGCCCAGCUUCUGCAAGGUCCAAAAAGCGCUGAAUUUGUAGAGUCGUCUGAUGAAGAGGAUGGUGAUGAGUAG